CCGCUGUCCUGUUCAGUGUCCAGGCUGUACUCUCUCCCUUCGUCCAGCUUCAAUCCUCGUGAGGCGUCGUGAGCCUGGCCGGUCGGAAGCGACUCCCGGCGACUCACGAAUCGACGACCCCAUCGUUGUGGCGCAUAUUCUCAACGGAAUGGACAGAGAUGAGUCAACUGCAGCCGCAACGUCCUCAGGCUCCUCAGGCUCUCAGAGCCCUUCGACCCCGCGGCUUCCUGUGGAGGUCUGUGAACGGAUCAUCGACCACGUCGCAAUGGGGGUGGACUUCGGUUGGCCUUCUAUGAAGGGACAGCUACAUCUGGCCACUCUCACAACCUGCGCGCUCGUAUGCCAAGACUGGUACUUCCUGACGUGGUACCAUCUACAUCAACGCAUUUAUCUGCGAGACCGGCAAAGCGUCCUGUCGCUCUCCAAGACGCUCCGCGGGAGACCACGCCUGCAUGAGGUUGUUCAACAGCUCGUCAUAUCGGGUGCCUCUCCAGGGAAACGAAAACCGAUCCAGCACCUGGGGGUGUUUGCCGCUAUGCUGGCGGGCAAGGCUCCGAGGUUGUUGAGGAUGACCAUUGAAUCCGCCGAAUGGACGACCGGCUUGAUCCGAAUGGAGGACAUCAGCUACCUAGCUGCGUUCACCUGCAUCGACACUCUUUUUGUCCAAAAUGUCACCUUGUCGAGCGCCGCCCUGCUGUCCCACCUCAUUUCAGCACUACCGCGACUCAAAAAGUUAUGGUGUCACGAUGUUGACUGCUUGCAGAAACAGCAAGUCUCCCCGGCGUCCCUCUCACUGAGUUGUGCAAAUCUGGAGGAGAUCGCUGUGCUGUGGGUUGCACCAGCAGUUGAAGACCUCUUCGUGCAGAUCAGCCGGGCCUCUCGAGUGCGCACUCUGAUGUUUGGGGUGGAAGGCGAGUUCGAUCCACCCUCGGCAGCCAGCAGAAGCCAACUGUGCUGGAUGCGAGUUCCACAUCUGCAGAAACGGUUGUGCUCCAUAUUUCUCCCAGCUCUCCUGUUCGUGAUGGCACACUUGAUGCCACAGUCGGAAACGACUUUAUAACCUUUCGCACUACGACCACCUGUGGAUGUUGCAGAUUUACUUGUACCACCCCUUCGCAGGAACAUGGCCCUGGAUCCACGUAUCCUGUCGCGCAUCACCUCGAAACACUUCCAGGCUAUAUCUGUUAUGUUGAUGUUUCCGAGUCCGACAGACCACAUGGCUGAUGACUUCGACGGAAUGCUGACGACAAUGGAGCAGGAUGAUGUCCUGGCUCGAUUGGACACUAUACUACAGGAGACGCGCUUCUCCAAUAUUACAUCGCGCAGUGUCUGCAUGGGCAUUGACCAU